AUGGCUCUCUUCAGGAAUGGGUACAUGACUUCAAAAUCGCGCAAUUUCUGCCUGCGAUUCCUCGCACUACUCUUCCUUUUCUCUGUCUUAUCGUUGCUUCUGGCUCUUGCCGCUCACAGAAAACAAAGCUCUCUUCCAACGCAGAUGCCUCAGGACCUACCGGCACCUCUCGCACCCUUGAUAUCGCAAAGUGAACGAAUCUACAUCAUAUCCCUGCAGCACCGACAUGACCGAAGGGUAGACAUGGAGAAAUUGCGGGUUUUUCUACGUAUUCCAAGCUGGACUUACGUUGUUGCGACGGAUUCGGCUGAUGAAAUUGUUGGCACCGUCAUGAAGAACAUCAGGCUUUUGAGGGAGUGGGUCGUCCGGGAGGUACUGAAAACGAUGGAACCUCAAGGCAAUGUUCCCAUUAACGACUUUCUUGCUGUCAACCUCAAGCUACCCUUCGGAUGGCCUAUGUUGCCCAAGCUUAACAAGACGCAACGCUUAGCUCAAUAUCUUCCUUUACUCGGAUCUAUGGCGGAUUUCGACGUAUAUCAAUCAGCGAGUCGAAGACCAGCCUCUCAGAACCCCUUGGUCGUUUCAAAGGGCGAUUUCACCUUAACGGCCUUUACGCCAACGCUAGGAAGGCAUAUGAUUCUAUCGCCUGCCCGGGUUGCCUGCUGGCAUUCUCAUUUGCAAACCAUCCGGAAGAUCAUCGGGAGUCCUAAUGCUGCUGAUAUCACCAUCAUACUCGAGGAUGACAUCGAUAUGGAGAUAGACAUCCGACGGCGACUAUCGCGUUUAUGGGGUCUCCUUCCUCUUGACUGGGACAUCGUUUUUCUAGGCCACUGCUGGUCAGACGAAGCCAAAUAUACUCCACUUGCGUCUAGCGUCAAUUCAUCGUGUUCUUCGUCAGAGUGUUACGAGUAUGAACCUCAUACUACAGCCGACAAGUCCGCGAUUUCCGCCAACUUGAUUCAUCCCUCUCACGCUCCUCAAUGUACUCAUGCCUACGCACUCUCCCCUCGGGGCGCGAAAAAGCUGUAUGAUCACCUUACGUAUCCACCAUUCGCCUACUCUCGCGGGAUAGACCAGGCCUUUUCGUGGCUCGUCAAAAGCGGUAGGAUCAAUGCGUUUUCUGUGGUUCCUGCAGUUGUAGCACAGCGUGUACAGCAGAAACAGGGUUGGAUCUCCUGGAUAGCUUCGUUCGGAAAGUCACAUAGGGAAAGUAAUAUCUGGGACACGCCGAGCCGUUGGAGAGAUAGACUGGUUAAUGGUGUUUUUGGUGUCUCAGGCGAGGAAGAAGGAUCUUGGUGA